GCCGUUUAAUACCAAGAGGACUUGAUUAAUUUGAUGAUUUCACAUCAAAUUUUUCCCUAUCACAACACACUCUUCUCCUCUCAUCUGCCUCUCCAUCCUCGGCGUCACCUUCGCUUCACACAUCCCUAUAACGUGAAACAUUUCGUUCUAAAAGUUUAUCCCACGCUCCUCAAAAUCUCCUCUACUCUUCAAUCACCUCACCAUAUCAUCAAAUCUCUCUUCCAUAUGCCACCAAUGUCUUCGUCGUGCGAGAAGCCCUCAUCUGAGGCACCUAGCUCGGCCAUCCUGUCUAGCCCGGCGGGUUCGCAAGCAUCUCCGAGUGAUGAGCAUUCGUUGGUGACAAUGGGCCGAGACACCCCAUGGAGUCCUGUGGAGUCAUUGCAUGAAUACCUCGAUUCUGAAUCCACGGGGUGUUCUUCUUCACGCCCAUCAGCAGACAGCUUGAUUUUUCGAUCUGUGGAGCAAGGCGAAAUGGUGGCCCCAGAGCCUCGGGAAACCUCUUUGUCAGAUAACCUCUUCAUGAGAUUGAUGAGACCAGCUGCUCAGCUGAUGAUCUCUCCCGCCGAUCCAACCCUAAUCCCUACCGAACAAGCCCUCAAAUACCGCGAGGAGCUUUUCAGCCACGUCCCCCACGCGGUCCAGAAAACCAUGCACAGCGUCAGAACUACUCGGCACGCAUUGGCUGAUCCUACCGGGACCCCAUCCUCUCCUCCUAACUGGGUUAAGAACGUGGACUCCAAGUUCAUCUCGGAGAAAUGGCCGCAGAUUGUGGAGCACCAUAAAACAAUCAUGGCCGCCGCAGUGAAGCAGUUCCGCCUGAAAGAACUCGAACGCGAACUUCAGACCCCGGAAGCGAGAAGCGUUCUGCUCAAAAUUAAAGAGCGUGGAGAGUUGAAGAAAGAUAUCUGCUUGUCUCACACCGAUAUUGCCGAUCAGAUCUUUGCCGAAGAGGACCCGGCCAUGUGGGCCAUGCUUCUUGAGCUGUACCAACAGGAAGUUGGAGAGAAUCUUCUGGAGCCUCACUCACCUCCAGACCCUCCCGGAUUUGCUGCUGUUAUUGACGACUUGCUCUACGAUCCAACCAAAGACUCUAGCUAUGGAAGCAAGCAUUCCUGA